UUAACAAGAUUUUUCCUGAGUGUGACAUUUUAAAUAAAUAGACACAUAAUGCAUGAAUGUAUUCACGUGCGUUUUUUCGCCAAGCUUCCCACACUGUCUCUUUAAGAAACUCCUCAAGCAUCCUCUGCUUUAAACUUGUUCAGUUUUGCUAUGGGUUGGUCUCUGGAAUGAUGUCACCCCACUACUUCUAACUGAAAAAGGCUGUACAUAGCUGAGAGCCACAGUUAACGUUAUGUGAUCAGAUGUGAAAACGUUGCCACGUGAGUUUUUAUUUUUAAAUAACAGGAUACGCAUGGAAUACAAAACAGAAAAAAAAACUACAAGAUGAAAGCGUCCUAAAGGAAAAACUCGGAGGCAAGACUGACCAAAUAAUCACCGAACUCAUGGAGUAACAUCAAAUAGAACAGAACGAUAGCGUAACCUUUUCAAUUUCAAAACUUGUGAAAAAUAUAACCAUUCAUUAUUUAUGCACAUGGCGUUUUCUGAACCAAUAUAUGUGAGGAUACUGUAUUGUAAUCAGAAGAUUUAAAACUUGUGAAAGCCUGGAAAACGGCCGCACCUUAUUCUGCAUUCCCACUUUACAGUAUGAUAAAGCAGACGAUGGCGAUUCGAAUAAUGUAAUUAUUAACUAAAUGACUAAAUGACUUGGACUAUUAAUGAUUAUAACUCCAUCUUUACAAGCACCCCUCUAACUCAUUGCAAUUUAAGGUUGUGAAAUUUGGAGCUGCAUGAAGAACCAAAGCGGUGCUGAAAAUGAUACAGGGAUGGAUCUAGCCCAGGCGCUUGGCGUGCUUAACAGUUCGCACGAUGCCAAUGACACGGGUACCCCACAAAUACCACCACACUCCCCUGCUUCUGCCGCUUUUAUCAUUCUGGUGGUCAUCGUAAUUAUCAUCCUGACCAUUGUUGGCAACGUGCUUGUGGUGGUUGCAGUAUUCACAAGCCGAGCUCUCAGGGCGCCCCAGAACCUCUUUCUUGUUUCUCUCGCGUCUGCUGACAUUCUGGUGGCCACUUUGGUUAUCCCUUUCUCCCUGGCUAACGAGGUGAUGGGCUACUGGUACUUCGGUAGCACCUGGUGUGGCUUCUACCUGGCUUUGGAUGUUCUCUUCUGUACUUCCUCCAUUGUGCACCUGUGCGCCAUUAGCCUGGACAGAUACUGGUCAGUGACCAAGGCGGUACGCUACAACCUCAAAAGGACUCCUAAGCGGAUAAAAUGUAUGAUUGCCAUAGUCUGGGUUAUAUCGGCGAUCAUCUCUUUCCCACCACUGAUUAUGAAAAAGGAAGCAAAAAAACACGACUCUGAAUGCCUCCUCAACGAGGAAACAUGGUAUAUAUUAUCCUCCUGUAUAGUAUCUUUCUUUGCCCCCUGCGUAAUCAUGAUUUUAGUUUACUGUAAGAUCUACAGAGUGGCAAAACAAAGGUCUUCGACUGUUUUUGUGGCCAAGAACGGAUUGGAGAGACAACCUUCCCAGUCCGAAACAUGUUUCGUGCCCAAGGAUAAGUUUGAGAACGAAAGCCCCAGUAGCCAAAGCUCGGGCAGCAAUCAAAGGCAGGAAGAGCUCGAGGACAUCGACCUCGAGGAGAGCACGUUAGAAAACAAGCCCAAUAAGAACUCUCGGUUUUCUAAGAAGAGAAAGGUGGAAGGGUCGAGUUGCUGUGCCAAGCAAAACUGCCGCUUGUCCUGGGCUUCGAACCGAGCCUCUCAGAUCAUCGUUGCGCAAAAGAGGAGGCAUAACUCUGUUUCAAAGAACAAGUUGGCACAGUUGCGGGAGAAAAGAUUCACUUUUGUGUUAGCUGUCGUAAUGGGGGUGUUUGUGCUUUGCUGGUUCCCAUUUUUCUUCACGUACAGUUUGCAGGCAAUCUGUGGGGACAAAUGCAACAUUCCAAAACCCCUUUUUGAUCUCUUCUUUUGGAUUGGCUACUGUAACAGUUCCGUAAACCCUAUUAUUUAUACCAUUUUCAACAGGGAUUUUCGCAAAGCUUUUAAGAAAAUCAUAUGUAUAACUGCCAAAAGCACUUAAGGGGAAUUGUACCGUGUUUCAGAAGUAAGACCUCUCAAGCUUGUUUAAAGUGAUUUGUCGUUAUUGCUGUUUAUUUAAGUUUGCUGAAGUUCAUUAAAUGUGUUAUCUAUUUUUUUUUUUAAUCGUUGUGUUUUAAAAUAAUAGUAACAAGUAUGUGUUAUAUAUUUGUAUACGGCUCAUUAUCUGUAAUCCUGUGAGAAACUAUUUUUGUUUUGUGUUUUUUGGGUAAAAAGGGGAUAAUGAAAUGACUGACAGUGUUAUUUUGUACCAAUUAAUAGAACACAUUGAUUCAACUACUUAAAUAUAUGUAUGUAAUCAGUUGGAUGUUUAUACCAAUGUUGACAUGCAAUCCAGCCCAUUACGCUCUAAGAUGUGCUGGAGUCUACGUUUUUUACGCACGGUCUUAUUCUACACAUUGAAAAGCAUGUGUUAAUAAUAAACAAACUACACCGAAGUCCCAGGCCCUUCACAAAUCUGGCAGGAUGUUUAUAUCUCAAAAACAAAUAUUUAAGAAUUAAACGCAAUCUAAGCCAACCGGUGUCCUUGUUUUUAAACAUUACACUACAGAGACGCACGUUGGUAUCGUUUGUAUUUUUUUCUGGGCAAAGCAGAGAUUCGGUCACCUGCAGAUGUUAUCGCUAUCAUUAAGUAAUGAACUGAUUAGGAUCGAAAAGGAUUCCAAAUUAUUGAAUUAUGUCUUUUAGAGUACAGGUGGAACAAACGAGGAAGGCUCUAGAAUUAAACUUGGUCACCCCUGGUUUUACAUAAAAAAAGAAAUACAUGGAUAAGUUAUUUUUACAAUGAGUUGUAAAAUAUGAUGUAGUGUUGCACUCAUCGACAUCUCGCAAAAUACACUCUCAAGUCACAGCCUGUACAAUGUACAAUUGAGGAGACCUGGUCAUAUACAGUCUUUUAAAAUGCUUGUUGUAAAAGGGGACGAAUACAAACUAACACUUUAGAAAGUCAGUGUAACUAAAAACUUGCUUUCUUGUCAAAAUGUGAUACCUGUACCAACAUGUCAUCUGUAGAUAAAAUAAUGUAAUAUUAUUAACAUAACUUAUUUUCAAUAUCAGCAAUAUGACAGAUAAUAUCGGAACUCACAGCAGGCA